UUACAGCGGCUCUUUGCGCUGCGGCACGAGCGGAAUAUCAUCAGAGAAAAAGUGACUUACAGACCUCUGCAUAGAGGAAAACAUACUUUAAGAGAAAAGUAACAGUUGGGAUUGGACUGCUGACUGCUGCACGGGGACAACUUUCCAGAUCGGGGUCUGUCCUCCGCUGGACGCGGUAUGCGCCCCGGCUGCGCGCUCCGGACCGGACCUGUGCUGAGAUGAGCAGCGGCCAGUGUGGGGCUGCCAGGGGCGCACGAGGAGGUCCGGGCGCACCGGCCACAGGGUGAGACGGGGCCUCAUGAGUUGGGCCUCCUCUGUGCUCUCGUCCCCUCCGACCCCCCUCCUCCCAGCAUCAGUGGGAUGUCCCAGGUGUGUCUCCUCUUGGCCCUGCUCAUGUUCUGCAGCUGCACAAAGGUCUCCUCUGCUAACUCUCUGGAGCUUGUAAAGGAGAAGUGGAGCAGCUACAAGAACCAAUGCCUGGACUACCUCAAUACUACACCCCCUGCUACAGGGCUGGUGUGUAACAGGACCUUUGAUUUAUAUGCCUGCUGGCCAGAUGGACCUCCGGGAACUGUUGUCAAUGUCUCCUGCCCGUGGUUCCUGCCUUGGUAUCGUAAAGUUAAACAGGGUUUGGUCUACAGACUCUGCAGCGAAGAUGGGAAAUGGGCGAAGAAGAACACCAGUGAAUGUGAGGACGACCCCGGGGAGCAGCGGUACGGCCGCCUCCUCAGCCAGCUCCGGAUCAUGUACACUGUGGGCUACUCGCUCUCUCUGGGAGCGCUGCUGCUGGCCCUCGGGAUUCUCAUCACUUUCAGGAAGCUGCACUGCAUGAGGAACAACAUCCACAUGAACCUGUUCGCCUCCUUCAUCCUGAGAGCCGUCUCCAUCCUGGUGAAAGACGCCCUGCUGACCCUCACCCUGGACCCCCGGAGUGGCGGCGGCGGCGGCGAGGCCGACGCGCAGGCCUGGGUCAACAUACCGGCCGUGACGUGGUGCCGCGGCGCCAUGGUGAUGAUGCAGUACAGCGUGAUGGCCAACAACUACUGGCUGCUGGUGGAGGGCAUCUACCUCCACAGCCUGCUCGUCAUCACCGUGUUCAGCGAGAGGAAGUACUUCUACAUUUACCUGGCCAUCGGAUGGGGUGCGCCGCUCAUAUUCGUCCUGCCGUGGAUCACAGUGAAAUAUCUCUAUGAGAACGAGGAGUGCUGGGAGAGGAAUAUUAAUAUGGGAUACUGGUGGAUCAUCCGUUCCCCUAUACUCUUUGCUUAUCUGAUUAACUUCUUCAUAUUCAUCCGAAUCAUCAAAAUCCUGAUGUCUAAACUUAGAGCUCACCAGAUGAGAUACACCGACUACAAGUUCAGACUUGCGAAGUCCACUCUGACGCUCAUCCCUCUGCUCGGGAUCCAUGCAAUCCUCUUCACCUUUGUCAUCGAUGAGUCCGUCCCCAAAGGCUCCAUGCUGCGCCUUAUUCGACUCUUCUGUGACCUCCUCUUCAACUCCUUCCAGGGUCUGCUGGUUGCCAUCCUGUACUGCUUCGUCAACAAAGAGGUUCAGUCGGAGAUGCUGAAAAAGUGGAAGAGGUGGAAGCUGGGCAAGGACAUUGACGAGGAGUACCGCCACACCCACAGCCAGACGCCGCACGUGAAGAGCGGCAGCAUCGCCACCGGCAACCUGCCCGACCUUCACGACAACAACACCGGGAGCGACCCCAGCGGCGACUCGCCCCGGCCGGGCCGGGCCGCCCGGGGCCCGUCCUGCUCCGCCGCGCCCGAGGAGAACCGCAGGCUGGUGGUCUGCUACAGCAACGGGACGGGGAAAGGCCGGCCCGCCAGGAGCCGACACAACCUGCGCUUCUGUUUCCAGCCGCGCCGCGGCGCCGCCAACGCCGCGAGCGAGGAGUUGCGCCUGGAGGAGCGCGCGCCGUACCGCUCAGGCCCGGCGGAGGGGGAGGAAACGAAUGUCUGACUCAUAUCAGCGUUGAUCGUUCGCCAAUAGGACGGGUCGGAGUGGGAAGAGGAAGAGGAAGUAACCCACACUGAUCUGGAUGUUCACUGCCGCACAUCAUGACAGGAAAUCUGGCGUCAGCGGCUCGAUGUGCAGAUCUGGAAAUCAGUAUGUACUGCUUUCAAAAACACACUGAUUGCAGACAUCAGGAACGAACGAAUGACAAAUGCUUUCCUGAACAAAGUCAGAGCGCUCAUGUUUAAAUUAUUCAAACUUUUAAUUAGCAAAGCCACACGAGGGAAUGAUGAUAUCUCACGGGACUUACGUGAAUUUGCAAAUAUUAAAUCGUUUUUUAAGUUUUUACUCUUAUUUCAGUCUGUCUUUAGACAUUUUCAGGUCUGUCCGUGGAGGUGAAAGGCAUAUUUAUGUGUAUAUAUGUAAUUAGAAAUGCAUUGGUGGGUUUGUCCAAGAUCUGCUUUAUUGAUUUGCUUUCCUGCAGAUUAAAAAGAAAAUGACACAUGAUGCUCAGGCGUUUCAUUGGGUGAAAGUUUGACUUGAAAAAUGUGAAUCUGAAUGUUGUAUUAAAGUUGAAGUUUCUCCAGUUCUCCACAAUUGCACUGUUACAGUCACUGUUGGUGCAACAAAUGAUUUUUUUUAAUUAUGUACAGAUAAGAAAAAAAAUGUAAACUGUCCCAUAAAACAGGAAAGUUUUGUAUUGAAAUAAUAAUAAUAUAAUGUGUGACUUUUGUGUGGAUAGACCACUCGUCUUUCUUCUCCUGAGGAUCACGGCUCACGUGAAAGCAGAUUGUGCCACUCUGAUUUUUUAUUUUUAUUUUUUUUCAUUUUGGAAAAAAAAUUCAACCAAAACUGCAAGGAUUUUCCAACAAAGUGACGCUCAGUAGAUUUUCCGAUCAGCAAACAAGCCCUUCUGUUUGAAGUAUGCACUGUACCUUGUGAAUACCAAUAAAAGUGAACAUAAUGAAGACAGUGGCGGGCGGGUGGAGGGCGUGUUGUGCUGUACUUGUGUUUGCAAGUGCAGGUGACUCCACAAUGGCAUCAGGACUAACUGUUAAGUCUUUUAUGUUACCGAACAUGAUUGUAAAUAUGAGAUCUUGUCUUUCCACUGAAAACUUUGCGUUGCCGUUGUCGGAAAGGGCCUCAAACAAACAGUGUCAAUCAAAAAA